AUGAACCAAAAUAAAACUUUUUUCGAUAAAGAAAACUUUGCACACAAAAAUUUAUUUCAGAUUGGUUUGAGUUGUUCAACAAUGAAGUUUUUAUUUGCACUUUUAGCAAUUGUUGUCUUUGCGAGUUGUGAAUUUAAUCCAGAAACAUUUGAUUGGUCGACAGUGAAGCCAAUAACAGAAACAAAAGCGUAUAGAGAAGCGUUUCCAGAAAGAUUUCUUGAUGUUCCUAUUAAUGAAGAUGCGCGAAUAUUCGAUAGAAAUGGAAGAAUUUUACGUGGAAGGCCAGCAAGUCCGACAGACUUCCCACACUCUGUUGGAGUUCUGAUAAGUUUUGAAAUUGAGAGUGGCUGGUGUUCUGGUUCGCUUGUUUCACGCUCAUAUGUAAUGACAGCUGCCCAAUGUUUCAUUGGUGCUGAGACCAUGGUGACAGCACUUCUUGGUGCAAGUGACAUCUCUCGGGUUAACGACUUCAUUCUUUCAUUUAAUUACAUCACACACCCACAAUUCAAUCAGAACAAUUAUGACCACGAUCUUGCUUUAGUUCAACUUUCGCGACAAGCACAACUCAAUGAGUUUGUUCAAAUUAUUCGAGUUCCAAACUUACGGCAAGUUGGUGUCACUUUUGAGAAGCAAAAAGUUUUCGUUGCUGGGUGGGGAUCUUUGACUGGAGGGAAUGAAGCUAUUCCAGUGCAACAGUUGCAUUCGAUACAAGCUUCAGUAAUUACAAAUACUGCUUGUCGUAUUCGUCAUAUUCGACUUCGUGAUUUCCAUCUCUGCACUGAUGUUGAAGUUGGCGCUCCAUGUACCGGCGAUGAAGGUUCCGGUCUCUUCAUCACUGAAUUUGAUAAUCAACGAACAUUAAUUGGAAUUUACAGCUGGCAAUCGGAGACACUAAUUCGUGGAUGUGACCGCGGAUUCCCUCCUGUUUACACGCGCAUCACAAACUAUUUGUUCAGGUCUUUAAAAGAGUUUCUUGUGAUGAAUUUUGUUUAUUUGAGUUCUAAACGAAUUGUAGUAAACAUGAAAUUGAUAAUUUUAGCAACGUUUUUAUAUGCUUUUGUUAGUUGUGAAAUAAAUUUGAAUAAUUCAUUCGAUUGGUCGACUGUUAAACCUUUGUGGGAAAUUAAAGAAUGGCGUGAAGCUCAUCCAGAAAGAGCUGCUUUGUUGAGUGGUUCAAAGUCGCCGAGAAUGCCUAGGAUUAUUAAUGGAGAGCUUGCAAAUCCAAAUGACUUUCCAUAUGUCGCUGGUGUUUUACUUCAUUUCGACACGGGAAACUCCUGGUGUGGUGGAAGUUUAAUUUCAAGAAGAUUCGUUUUGACAGCUGCAAAUUGCGUCCACAUUGUUCCAUCGUCAUCUGUCUUACUUGGUGCUAGCAAUGUUCACAAUGUUGCUGAAAAUAUUCGAGUCUUGACUAUGCGGGUUCAUCCAUUAUAUAACUUCGAUCAAUCACUGAACGACAUUGCAACACUCGAAUUAAGUAGAACUGUCGAUUUAAGUUCAACAAUUACGUUGGUUCGUUUACCAAACAGACGACAAGUUCAGGUGACAUUCGAGAAUCAACAGUCAACCGUUUCAGGAUGGGGAAGAACAUCAACGAGUGGAAGUGAACCAAUUCCAACCCAAUUUUUAAGAUUCUUUAGAUCUCCAGUGAUGACAAAUCUUGCGUGUCGUAUCAGAUAUCCAACGACAAUUGUCAACAGUCAUGUAUGUACAGAUCCAACAGUUGGAACGCCAUGUACAGGAGAUGAAGGUGGCCCCUUGAUGAUUGUUGAAGCUGACGGUCGUAAUACACAAAUUGGAAUUUUCAGUUCUCAUUUCUCAUUAGGUUGUGGCUUGGGAUGGCCCGGCGUUAAGAUGAAAUUGUUAAUACUUCUUCUCGGAUUUGCCACAUCAGCUUUCGCAUUUUCUGUUGAAAACGUGGACUACGAUAAGCUUGUUCCUGUCCAUGAGACUAAAGAAUGGAAAGCUGCAUUUCCAACAUUGGCUAAGCAACUUACCUUGAGUGACGGCACUAAUCGAAAUGGAAGAAUUUGGGGUGGACGUCAAGCUGCCCCCGGUGAACUUCCAUAUCAAGUUGGAAUCGUAGUUUUACUAGCUCAGCAAGGAUUUUGUGGUGGCUCGAUUGUUAGUGAAAAUUUCGUUUUGACUGCUGCACAAUGUUUCCCAGGAGAUCCCAAUGCAGUUGUCGAGAUUGGUUCAGUCGAUAGAAAUGCUGUUACUGAAUUCAUAAAUGCAGCCGUGAAAAUUCUUCAUCCUUUAUUUAAUCCAGAAACAAGCGAUAACGACAUUGCAUUAGUGCGUCUUGUUCGACCAAUCACAUUUAAUGACAACAAACGUCCAGUUCGCUUACCGAAUCGUCGUCAAGUUAAUCAAAACUUUGAUAAUCGACAAGCACGAUUUAGUGGAUGGGGUGCGAUGGGAUUUCCAGGAACUUCGCCAAUAAGAUUUCUGCAAGUUGCAUUUGCACAAGUUAUUUCACAAGCUGCAUGUCGUAUUCGUUUCCCAAAUUCAUCAUCUGAUAGAACAAUUUGUAUUGAUGGAACAACUACCAACAUUUGUAGUGGCGAUUUCGGUGGACCAAUGACGAUUGAAGAUGCUGACGGAAUCACAACACAAAUCGGUGUCGCUUCAUUCGUUAAUGUUCUCGGAUGCACUUUUGGAUGGCCAGGCGGCUUUACUCGUAUUAAUCAAUAUUUAGAAUGGAUUGGACAAAACUCUGAUGUUGUCAUUCGUGAUGAUUUUUGAAUGAAAUAAAAGUUUUCUUUUAUUUAUGGUUUUCAUAAAAGAUAUUUUAUUUAAAAUAUUUGAUUUUUCUUGUUUUGAUGCUUAACUUUGUGAAUUACAUAAAUCUCGUAAACUAAAAUUGGAAAAAGAAUCUACAAAUUAAUAUUUUUAUGAUAAUACUAAACGUACUGAGUUGAGGUUUAAAACUUUCUGACUUCGAAUCUAAAAUUUUGAUUAAAUUAAAAUGUCAAUUGUCAAAAGCUACAAAUUUUCUGUUUUGUUUUUUGGCAGAUU